ACUUGGAGAGAGAGAAAGGCAAGCAAGACGCCAGGAAAACAAAUGAACGAUAAGAACAGAUAGAUAGAUUGCCAGACAGAUAGAGAUAGAGACAUAGGAGGGGGUAAGGGAGCGAGAGAGAGCGAGACAGAGGAGUGUAGAUUUUAAUCCUCUUGGCAUGUGAGAGAAUCCCUGGGUGCUUUGCGGCGCUGUGUGUGGUUGUAGAGAGCGUAGAGAGAGAGGAGUGGAGAGAGAGAGAGUUUGGCUGGUGUUGGUGGCAUCUGGGAAUCUCGGAGUGGAAUGUCUCUCAGCUAACCCAAGGGGACCAGGAAUCAGGAACAGGACCCAGGAACAGGAACAGGAACGGGACAGACCCACCGCUCACUAUGCUGGGGAAGGACUAUAUGCUCGCUAUCAUCAUAGUCAAUUAUGACGACAAUAUAUGGGCAGACCAGAAUUUGGGCUUGGACUCGGACCUACCUCCAGGAUGGCGCACCAUACGGGACAGCACGGGCACCUACUACUGGCACGUGCCCACGGGCACCACGCAGUGGCAGCAUCCGUCCUACACCGCCGAGGACGAGCAGAAUGCCAUCAAUGGCAUCACUGCCAGCAAUCUCAAGAGCAUCAGUGGCGAAGAACAGCGUGAUUCUUCGUCCAGGCUGGGCGCCAACCCAAGCAAUGAAAGGGACUCCUGGCAGGAAGAAUGCUUCUAUGCCAACAUGGACCCUGACUCCAAGUGCUUUGCGGUGCGCUCGCUGGGCUGGGUGGAGAUCCCGGAGGAGGAGCUAACCCCUGGCAAGAGCAGCCUGGCCGUCAACAACUGCAUCCAGCAGCUCUCGCACAGCAAGGCCGAGGGACGCGACGCCGUUGGUGCCUGGGGGGAGGGCCAGGACAUGAUGAUGGUCCUGAAGAAAGACACGCUGAGCCUGAUGGACCCAAUAGACCACAGCCUCAUCCACUGUCAGCCUAUCAUCAACAUCCGCGUGUGGGGCGUAGGCUGCAACAACGGCAGGGACUUUGCCUUCGUAGCCAAUGAUAAGGACACCUGCAUGCUGAAGUGCCAUGUGUUCCGCUGCAAUGCUCCAGCCAAGACCAUUGCCACUGCCCUGCACGAAAUGUGCUCCAAGAUCAUGUCAGAGAGAGCAGCAACACACCCAACAAUGACAAGAUCCCUCACAAUGGAGAGCAUCUCACCAGAAGACCUGCCCAGACAAGUGGACUUCCUGGAUGCGGUGAGGAAGAGGGUGCAGAAGUUCGAAGUGGAGUACAUUGGCAACCUGCCCGUGUCCAGGGCAAUGGGGAUGGAGGUUUUAAACCGGGCCAUCGAGAGCAUCCUGCACUCCAGAGACCGGGAUGAGUGGGAGCCCAUUGUCAUCCAUGUGUCCGACACCAUGAUGUCCUUGUGGAAAGGAGAGGACGGCGAGGAGCCAUUUUGGGAGUGCCAGGUACGCUUCCUGACCUUCCUGGGCGUCGGCCAUGACACGCACACCUUCGCCGUGAUCGUGGACUCGGGCACGCAGCGCUUCGAGUGCCACGUGUUCUGGUGCGAGCCGGACGCAGGCUUCAUCUCGGAGGCGGUGCAGGCUGCCUGCAUGGUGCAGUACCAGAGGUGCUUGGUGGCUCAGACCCCUCCGCCGAGGUCCAAGAUGUUUAGGGCGGGGUCAAAGGUCAAACGGGCCAACUCCAUGGACGGCUCCACCUUCCCGCCGGCCCGCACGCUCCAGGGUCACGCCCCACCCAAGAUGGCCUCCGCCGGCGUCAAGAAGGGCAUGCUGGCCUUCUUCGAGACGUUCCGGAACAAACAGCCCGUCAUGCCCACACCGUAGCACACCGGACCCUGGGGGACAGAGCAGAGGAGUUAGGAGUACAGUUCGUUUUUGCAGUGCUACUUCAAAACUCAAUGUAGAAAGUCGAAUUAAUCACUCUUCUAGUUGUCCAGGCUCCCUCUAAGUCUUGAAAUAGCACUGCAAAAUGUACUAAGGAGUAAGGGGAUAGUUGUUAGGCAUAGAUAUGAACACUAGCUUCCGCGUUGACCACUCCUCUGCAUUGGGAACAUAUUGCUGAAUUCAGAUCACCGCCAUGUUUAGCAGGUGUAUUGCUGCCAUCAAUUGGAGACAAGGCGAUACACGCAUUAUCCUUUAGGUGGCAGUAACAUCUAUGAAAAAUACCAUGAUACAGACGCAAGAUGGCAGCCCCCGAGGUUGGACCACGCUAAAAUGCUGAACACGGCAUCUAGCAUUCAUAUCUAUAGUUGGUGGGCAGGUUAGAGUGAAUUUGACAAGUAGAGGGGGGUUGUAGCUGCCAAUGGCAUACAUGAAUAGCAUAAUGGGGAGAAUAAAAAAGAGGGACCAGACAGAAUAUAGGCAAAGUUUGAGGCUAACCCUUACAGUCAAAUUUCAAAGUAUACAGUCAUUCAUUCAGUUACAAAAGAAGAUCUUACACACCUCCACCAUAACUAUAGAAAAAAAGCUCAAGGUGUCUGGUCUGCAACAAUCUGUCCUCUCUGGUCUAAGGUGUCUUGUGACUGAGAAACAUAUCUCAAAAGUGAUGUGUAAUGCGUGUGUGGUACACUGGGGUGCUGUACUCUCACAUUCCACCAACCUCAACCACUUGAGUAUCAAACGUAGAAAUGGAUCUCAGAGAGACAUGUAGAUGCUCCACUCAACAUUAGGGCAUCCUGUACCCAGCUGUGGACACAAUUGCCACGGAGCUAUGAAAUACUUGUGCAAUAACAUGAACAAUUGAUCCACACAGGAUUUUUUUUCCCAAUGCGUAUAGAAGAACAGUAUAUAUUUUAAAAAUCUUUAGCUUAGGUACAUGUACACUCUGUCUGUGUAGAAGAAGAUGUAUUCAGCGAUUUAAUUUGGGUCACUUUUAACCUCGGAGCUAAACUGUAGAGGACCUAAGCAUAUCACUCUAUUACCGUCCGAUAGUCAGUCUCGUAAGUAUAGCCGUACUACCUGGAAACUGUGGCUCUGUUUGAUGUUCGUGUCAGAUUUACUGAGGUUAGUAUAACAAAGAAAAAAACAUUGGUCUCAAAAAAGUUUUGGAUACCGGACUAGCAAAGUCACAUGAAAAAUUAAAAUAAAGUCACCAGGCUCCCAUUUCUGUUACAAAGUAUUUUAAUGUGACGUUUGGGGUAUCCUGCCCUUCAUCAGAUCACAUUAAAAUAACAGACACGGGAGCCUGGUGUGCUGACUUAUUUUAAUUUUUUCAGAUUUACUAAGAUUACCACACAUCAUUUGAAAGCAAAAAAAAAACCCUGACACAUUUCAAUGCAGAUCAGAAUAACUUUUGCUCACACCAAAAACAUGUGCUACUUUGGAAUUGCUUUCAUAAUUCACAUCAAGACAAAUCAUCAGACCCAUACCAGCCAGCUAGUAGUAGGCUAAUAACACGAAACAUCUGCCUGGUAAAGUGCAUUGGUGGCCUUGUGAAUUGUUUGUCGAGUGGAGGUGCAAUUAGUACAUAGAACAGUACUUAUGUUUAUUUAUUUUAGAUGAACAGAAAUUAGAAUAUGCCUGGCUGUGAUAAUGCACAAAUGGUAUGGCAGAAUCUGUCAUUGAAUAUGACAAAAAACUAAAACAAGGCAUCGGAUCACUUGUUUGUAUGUAUCAUUUGCUGACCGACUGCCUUUCUUGGCUGACUGGCACUCUUGCAUGAGUUUGCACAUACCUUGGAAUGUACCUUUUGAAAUUUGGAAUGAGGAAACAAACCACUGCAACAGAUCUUUAAAAACAUAUCCAAUAGAUAGUCAAGGAGAAAGACAGGCGGGAGUUUUAAUCUAACUGACCUAUGAUUUAGUUCCCCUGCAGAUGCAGUGCACCAUCACAUGCCAAUGUCAGCUUCAUGGCAAGUGGUGCAAAUGGGUUGCUUUAUGUAUGUAAGAAAUUGUAAUUUAAGCAUUUGCUUUGGCUGUCGUUUGUUACACUAUAGGCCCGCCCGUACAUCCUUAGAAACCAGGAGUGUAUAAAGUGGAUCUAGAAGUACUUUUACAGUGUGUCUACUUCAUUAUGUACAAUGGCAUACAGUAACUGGUGUAUAAACUAAGGUCGUGUCAUAGUGCUGUAAUCAGUAAGAGUGGUUCUACUCCUACUCUAUACACCUCGGCUUAAGCCCAGUGCUCAACCUUUCAAAUGAAAUCCAGUGCUACAAUGCGUUCUGGCCCGUGAAAUCUAAAGCAUGCUUCUUUAAAGAGGCUGAGAAGUCUGUGCAUCCAUGUGAAUGACACUAGAGCUCACCGACGUGAAACUUAAUAUUAUAUGCAACUGCUCCUUAACCUUGACUUUGAAAUACAGUAUGUGUAAAUCAAAACAAAAACAAUCAACUCAGGUCUUCUUGUUGCUUACAAUGGGUAAUAAUAAUUAUUAAAAAAAAAAUAAAAAAAGAUUCAGAUGGCGAAACUAUCAGCUAUUGUAUGUGAGGUCGUCAUCCCUUCGACAGCAUGUAAGACCAGUUUAUUGGGAGGUGGGGUGGGUGGGUCCCGGGGAGCAUUGUGUAGGAGAUUUAGUCUGAACUACUGUUAUAAAGUGGUCAUGUAGCACCUUGUGUUUAUUUAUUGCUCUAUUUUGCUAUUUAUGAUAUUAAAAUCAAUGGCAUCUCUUGAUCUUUAUCUUCUUCCUUUAUUCUCUUGCUCUCUUCUCUAGCACAACAUUAGGACAUAUACCUAUUGAGCUAUUUUUUAAUGGAGACUUCUCAUUCUCACUGUUAUAUGAGACUUGAUCUACAG